ACACAGUUCGUUAAUCUCCGUAUGAAAACGUCACGGUCGGAAUGUGCAACCGGAAGUCAAUUGACAACACGGGAAGAAUUUUGUUACCAAAAACUGAAUUUUAGCCAGGUUAAUGAACGAAGGCUUCUAAUAUGAGACAAGCAAGUAAUGGUGAUUAAUUCUCCAAACUGAAUUUUAACGGGAUUUUAGCAGAACUGUGCCAAAUGUAGCAAUAAUGUCUUUUUUUACGAGAUUGUUUAGCAAACGUCGUUCCCGACGAGGCCGUGGUGGAGCAAGAUCGCAUUCUGACUUUGUUGACGGUCAGCAGCCAACUCCAGUGAAGUCAAAGCAUCUUUUAACUUGCACUGUUGUCCUUUUAGAUGCCUCAGAGAUCACAUUACAAAUUCAUAAAAAAUCUCCGGGUUCAGAAUUACUUGAACAAGUUUUCUACCAUCUUGAUUUGGUUGAGAAAGAUUAUUUUGGUUUGCAAUAUACAGAUACUCAUAAUGUUACACACUGGCUUGAUCCAACCAAACAGAUUAAAAAACAAGCUAAAAAUAUUCCAUAUACAACUGUCCGUGGACAGGUUGGACCACAUUUCACAUUCCGAUUUCGGGUAAAAUUUUAUUCGUCUGAACCCAAUAACCUACAUGAAGAAUUAACUCGAUACCAGUUUUUCUUGCAAUUAAAGAAUGAUAUUUAUAGUAAAAGAUUAGAACCACCAGAAGAUGUUCUUAUUGAAAUGUGUGCCUUUGCAAUACAAUCGGAGCUGGGAGAUUAUGACCCUGAUGAACAUACGGCAGCUUUGAUAUCUGAGUUUCGUUUUGUACCAGAUCAAACUGAAGAAUUAGAGCUUAAAAUAUUCGAAAAAUAUAAAGAAUGCAACAGAGGUCAGACGCCAGCACAAGCAGAAGUUGUAUUUUUAAAUAAAGCGAAAUGGUUAGAGAUGUAUGGUGUAGAUAUGCAUACAGUCCAGGGUCGUGAUGGUAUGGACUAUACUCUUGGACUUACUCCUACUGGCAUAUUGGUGUUUGAAGGUCAACAAAAAAUAGGCCUCUUCUUCUGGCCUAAAAUGACAAAGUUGGACUUUAAAGGAAAAAAGUUAACGUUGAUAGUUGUAGAAGAUGAUGAAGAUGGUAAAGGUCAAGAUCACACGUUUGUAUUUCGACUGUUGAGUGAGAAAGCGUGUAAACAUCUGUGGAAGUGUGCUGUAGAACAUCAUGCUUUCUUCAGACUUAAAGGACCAGUUAAAGGAACUUCAACAAGACAAAAUUUCUUCCGAAUGGGUUCACGAUUUAGAUACAGUGGAAGAACAGAAUAUCAGACGGCAACAUUAAACCGAGUUAGAAGAAGUGUGAGAUUUGAACGAAAACCUAGUCAACGUUAUUCUAGACGUGCUACAUUAGAACGUAAAGAAUUGGUUGAGAAAAAACGCAGAGAUCAGGAAAGGAAGAGACUGGCUGAGGAAAAGUAA